AUGCCUCACUGCGAUUUCUGUGCCAAGGAGAUGGGCUCAAAGGGAGGUGUCAGGAGACAUAUCAAUAAUCAACCUGACUGUAGAAGGCAGUGGGAGCUGCUGGUUGAAACUCAAAAAGACAUCGGCACACCUCAGGCUCGUUUUGACUCGUAUUCCUCGUAUUCCCCCCAUCGCCGCUCACGCUCUGAGUCUUCCAAUCCCGAUCAUCCAGACAACCCAGCAGCGCCAAAACAUCGGAGGGUGACCAUUGAGGAGGUUGAAGACGAGGACCACGCGCGAUAUUUUGAACAAUGUAGGUUUCAGGAGUAUAAGGAGUGUAUGGGCGAAGACAAAUGGGCUCCCUUCGAUGAUGGGUACGUCGCAAGGGAGGAAUGGGGACUUGCCGAAUGGCUUGUUAAAAACCUCGGCCAGACUCGAACAGACGAGUUUCUGAAAUUACUGAUAACACAAAACCGAAUGAAACCUUCUUUUCACAAUAACAGAUCUUUCCUCCAGAAAGUCGACGAGCUUCCACACGCGACAGCCUGGAGUUGCAAAAAGGUUAAGGUCCAGGGAAAUAAAACAGAUGAGAAGGGCCAGACACUGCAUGAAGAAGUCGAAGUCUGGAUGCGAGAUCCUGUCGAGUGCGUCAAAGACCUCAUUGGAAAUCCAUUGUUCCGUGAUCACAUGGUGUACGCACCUGCGCGAGCAUACAGAGACCCAGCAGGACUUCACCAAGUAAUUGACAACAUGUGGACGGCUGACUGGUGGUGCGACAAGCAAAUACUGUUGCCGAAAGGUGCGACAAUCGCACCCAUAAUUCUUGCUUCCGACAAAACUUGUCUGUCGCAAUUUCGAGGCGAUAAAUUGGCGUGGCCCGUGUACCUAACCAUUGGCAACAUUGCGAAAGAGAAGAGGCGGCAAACAUCAGCGCGAGCAACGGUCCUUAUAGGAUACUUACCUGCUGGAAAACUUGAUUGCUUUACUUCUGACGCGUACUCCCUUGCUGGUUACAGGCUUUUCCACCACUGCAUGUCCUUGCUCCUCGAACCCCUCGUUGCUGCUGGUCGAAAUGGUGUUGAGAUGGUCUGUGCGGACUUGUUAAUCCGUCGAGUCUUCCCCAUCCUUGCUGCUUAUGUAGCCGAUUUCCCAGAACAAUGUCUUGUUGCAUGCUGUAAAGAAAAUCGGUGUCCGAAGUGUUUGGUCACUGCCGAUGAACGAGGGGAUCCAUUGACUUCGCAGAUGCGGGACCCUGAGGUGACAAAAGAUAUAUUAGAGAAGCGGAAGAAUGGUCAGCAUCCAAUUCAAUUCGACGACAACGGGUUACGCGCCGUCUUCAACCCAUUCUGGGCAAAUCUCCCUCACACCGACAUCUUUCUUGCCUUCACGCCUGACCUCCUCCACCAGGUCCAUAAAGGUGUCUUCAAAGACCACCUAGUUAAAUGGUGUCUUGAGAUUGUCAGUGAAGAUGAAAUGGACUCACGCUUCAAAGCAAUGCCAGAUUACCCUGGACUUCGGCACUUCAAGAAGGGUAUCUCGACUGUGAGACAGUGGACGGGUACAGAGCAUAAAGAAAUGCAGCGUGUCUUUGUUGGUCUGCUCGCUGGUGCUGUCCCAAGUCAAGUCUUAGUGGUUGCACGAGCCAUUCUAGACUUUUCAUAUUAUGCACAGCUUCAAAUGCACACUGCUGAAUCCCUCGAUGGUCUGGAGAGCGCGCUUGCGGUGUUUCACGCCAACAAAGACAUCCUGCAAGAGCUUGAAGUUCGCAAACACUUCAACAUUCCUAAAUUACAUCAAAUCUCACACUUUGUUAAGUCCAUCACUCUAUUUGGUUCCACCGACGGUUUCAACACUGAGCUUCCAGAACGACUACACAUUGAUUUCGCAAAAGAUGCCUAUCGUGCCAGCAACAAACGCGACUACGAGGAGCAAAUGGCCUUAUGGCUUCAACGGCAGGAAGCCGUAUUCCUACGUAGUUCUUACUUUGAUUGGUUGUCAGAACGAUCUCAGUCAGCCACAGCGUCCAGUCACACAGAUCCCAACCGCAGAAAUGACUUGGAUUCAGACUCGGACGCCGAGAUUGAAGAGUUUGCUGCCCCCACAAAUGCCAUUCCAUCAUCCCCCACUGUGUCAUCCCCCACUGAUGUGGUCCGUAUUCUCGCCAAGCAUCCUCCACACCCUCGGCAGUCUGUUGAUCGCCUCAUCACUGCACAUGGCGCCACCAUGUUUCUCCCCGCCCUCAAAUCUUUCAUGCACGAGCACAUGCCACACAAUAACAUCAUCCCCGGUCCACAUGACCGGUUUGAUGUUUAUCGACAAGUCAUCAUAGUUACCCCGCCUGAUCCACGCACCAGUGACUCACCAAAGCGGUGGCGCAUUAGAGUGACACCUGAAGUGCAGCCUGGUCCUGCCAGCCGAAAACCUUGGUCCCCCGCUAGAUUCGAUAUGGCGCUGAUAAGUGAUGGUGCUCGGACGACGAAUUUGCGGACACUCGAAGGUGUGCGAGUUGCACAAGUUCAUAUCAUCUUUACCCUCCCUCGUCAGUUUCUAGUUGGAAUGAACUCCCGAGCGCUAGCUUACGUCGAGUGGUUCAUGCCGCUUUGGGAGCCAGAUCCCUCCUCUGGCCUGCGUCAACUGCAUCGGAAUGCAGCUGUGAUCCAUCUUGAUGAAAUGGUUCGUCCGUGUCACCUCAUUCCAAAAAUGGGACCAUCUGUUGACCCUGGGUGGACGAGCGCAAACGUCUAUGAGACGGCACAUGAUUUUUAUUUUAAUACUUUUAUUGACCUUGAAACAUUUUGUAUUUCCACUCGUAGUGACUAG